CGAGAACUCUUUUUGCAGCGUCUGCCUUCGGAUGUCCGCAGGAUCCUGGCAACAUCCAGCAAUAUUCCUCUCGACGACCUCGCCGAACUCGCCGACAAGAUUCUAGAUACGGCCCCACCAAUGAUUCAGGCGACCACUUACCCCACAAGUGGCCACCCGCUGCCUGCGACAGAGGCGUCUUCCUUUGAUUUUCAAAGGCUGCGCGAUGACGUAGCCCAUUUGAUAACUGAGGUGGCUGCUCUUCGACAACAUCGUCCUAACCUGCCUCAACCGAAUCACAUGAGACGCUCUUUCUCAAAAGGCCGAGCAGACACACCACCAGUUUGCUGGUACCACCGUACCUACGGACCCCGUGCGCACAACUGCUCUCCACCUUGCAGCUGGCCGAAGGAAAACCCCAGAAGCACUUACUGA